AUGCGUCUAUUUUUGACUUUGUGCUCUCUUGUAGCCCUAACUGUGGCUAAGCCUCAAUAUAAUUAUGGCUCCGGAGUUUCUGGUAGCUUUGGAGGCUCAGGCAUUGGUGGUGCUGCCUUUGGUAGAAGUUCCUCAUUUGGUGCUGGACCUUCCUAUGGUUCUGGCAUAAUUGGAGGAGGCUCCUCCUUAGGGGGUUCUUCCUUUGGCUCCUCUUUCGGAGGAUCUUCCUUUGGUGGCUCCUCUUUAGGAGGUUCUUCCUUUGGUGGCUCAUCAAACUAUCAAUCUGCUUCCCACAGUGCUGGACACUUUGAAGCUCCCUUGGUCCACAAGCAAUUUAUUACCGUUGCUGCUCCUGAGGAUAAUGACAGCUUAUCGAAAUCGAAACAUUUGGUAAUUGGCCGUCCACAGAAAAAUUAUCGUGUGGUGUUCAUUAAGGCUCCCUCAUCGAAUAAUGCCAAUGUUAAGCUCUCUGCGGAAUAUGCACCACAAGAAGAGAAGACCGUCAUUUAUGUUCUAUCCAAAAAGGAUAGUGCUUUGGAAGUUAAUCCUCUUAUAGUGAUGCCUUGCUCCCCAAAAAAUAUUCUUUAA